AUGAAUACAUCUAAUAUUGGAAAUAGUACUUAUGCGAAUAAUAAUGAUAAAAGAAAAAAAAUUAAUACAAUGAAUCAUAUUUUUGAUCUAAUAAGCAUAUCGGAUGAGGAUAAGGCCGAUGUGCCUGACUUAUUAAUAUCAUUAGUUAUCAAUGAACUUUAUCAAAUGAACUAUAAAACAGCCGAGUUUAUUGGUGAAAUAUUAUUUACAGAAUGUUUGGAUUUAAUAGACAACUCACCAUUAUUACCAUUUUCGGGCUCACAUCCUGUUAACACACGUGCUAGUGUACAAAGAAAGCCUAAUUAUAAAAAAAAACAAUUAAAAAAAAAACAAUUAAGCGGUAUAUAUCAUUAUUGUUAUGCAAUGUUUAUGAAUAAGAAUUACCAUGGUGUGCUAGAAAUAACCGAAAGGUACAUAGUUAAAACCUUCAAUGACAAUACUGGAUUUGCAUCAACAGCUAAAAGGGGAACAACGAAUAAUAUUGGUCAUAAUAGCAAUGAUGGAAUUGAUAAAUGCAACAAUGAGAUUGAAAUGUCAGGGUUUGAAGAUUCCCUUUUGUAUGAGAAUUUGGGGUUGAUUUAUUUAUUUAGUAGAAGUUCCUUUAUGUUAAAUAAAAAAUUAAAGGAAUCUCUAAAUAUGUUGCUCGAAUUUGAGUCUGUCUGGGGAGAUUUAAUCAAAUCAAUCCCUUAUGAUAGAAGGGGUAGUUACGGAGAUAAUAAUAAUAAUAUUAAUACAAAGUUUUUUGACAGUAGUUUGCUGACUAACAGUAAUAUCGGUGGGGUAGAUUUUGAGGCUGGUAUGUCCACCAAUACUAUGAAUGAUAUGCUAUAUGGUUAUCCAAAUGUUGCCACCCUAAAUAGCUUGGUCGGAAAAAUUUAUUAUAAAAUGGACCUAGUGAAGGAAAGUUGUUUUUACCAUAGCAGAGCAUUAGGUUAUAAUCCAUAUUUGUGGGAAUCUGUAGAAGAAUUAUUUAAAAUGGGGGCGGAUAUUAAACUUUACAAAUUAUACAAAAUGGACCAUAAUGAUGUUACAAGUACAGAUUCGAAUAACAUUGCAAAUAAUAGUAAGAAAAGGCAUCAUGAGAGGGUGGAGAGUAAUAAUAUAACAUCUUUAAAUCCAACUGCCUCAUUUGAGAGUAAUACUGGGGAUAAAGGAGCCAAUAAAAUCAAUAAUAAACGCUGGAAACUAAGAGAUACAGACACCACAAAGAGUUUUUUUAACAGUCCAAAGGUGAAGAUUAAUACUGCACAGAGGAAUGAUAACACUGAUACUAAUACUCCUAGUAAUAGAUUAACCAACAAAAAGCAACAACGUAAAAAUGACAAUAGUACACUACUUACACCACCGCCACUACCUGUAUCUACUAUAGUUCCUGAUAUUAGUACAACAGCCCUACCUUUUAUAGAAAGUAAAAAGUCACCAGGAGCAACGCAUCUCAGAAGCACCAAUUUUGUACCAGAGGAAGGUUAUCCUUAUAAUAGGAAUAAUAGCAAGCCAGCCAUUUUAAGUUUUAUAGAUGAAAAAAGAAAUUAUCACAAUCUGGUUGGUAGUAAUGCUAACAAUGGUAAAUAUUACAUUAAUGGUAUUUUCUAUUAUUUGGGAAAAAUUCUGAAAGCGACGUUAAAAUAUGAUUCCUACAAAGCUAUUAGGAUGUUAGGCACUAACUUGCCUCGUCAUUACACUGAAACUAUGCCUUGGUGCAUAGCUCAGUUAGGAAUUUUACACUUUGAAAUUGUUAAUUAUGGAAUGUCUGAAAAAUAUUUUGAAAGAUUAAGAAGAUUAACAAGAACUAGGGUACAAGAUAUGGAUGUUUAUUCUACACUAUUAUGGCAUUUAAAGGAUAAAUCCAAGUUAUCGUACUUAUCACAUGAAUUACUAGACAUAGCACCAUUGUUGCCACAAACCUGGUGUUGUAUUGGUAAUUUAUUUUCUAGUUUGAAAAAUCAUGAAGAUGCCAUCAAAUGCUUCCAAAAGGCUAUUAAAUUGGAUCCAUAUUUUACUUAUGCUUAUACCUUGGAAGGUCAUGAGUUUUCUAAUAAUGAUGCAUUUGACACUGCUAAAAAUUGUUAUAGAAAAAGUCUUAGCAUAUCACCAAAUCACUACAAUGCUUAUUAUGGUUUGGGCAUGUGUUCAUUGAAGGUGGGAAAAUAUGAGGAAUCAUUAUUUUAUUUCCAGAAAGCACAGUCUAUAAAUAGAGCAAAUGUUAUUUUGUUGUGUUGUUGUGGUGUGUCUUUGGAGAAAUUGAAUUACAAAGAAGAAGCAUUGAAAUUUUACGACAUUGCAUGUGAAUUGCAGCCAGAUUCAUCUUUAGCAUUGUUUAAAAAAUCUUAUUUGUUGAUGGAAAUGGGUAGUUACAAUAUGGCCUUGAUAAAUUUUGAAAAACUUAUAACUAUUGUGCCUGACGAAGCAACCGUUCACUUCUUAUUGGGCAAAUUGUACAAAAUAUUGGGGCGUGAACAGGAUUCAUUAAAGGAAUUUACAGUUGCAAUGACUUUGGAUCCUAAAGGAUCACAAAUGGUUAAAGAUUCAAUGACAGAAAAGUCAUAA